ACUCACAUUUUACUUAAUCAUCACUAACUUUUGCAUAUAUAAGGAAUACAUACUUCAAUCCAGCCAAGAAUAUAUGAAAAUUGAUUUUCAAUUGAAUAUAAUCAUAUUGGAAAACCUUCUAAUGGGCAUCCUGCCAACCGGAUCACACUCAAAGCAUCAAGAUAUUCACACAUACUUUGUUCUAGUUAUAAUUAGAUAAGGUGUGAUUAAUCUUUGUGUUUUUUGUGUUUUUAGAAACUUUAUACUCACAAUGGAUAAAGGUGAACCGCUCCUCUGCCCUUUGCUACAAAAGAUGACGGUCCAUGGACUCAACAACAACACCAAGGCCAACUUGGUAGUAGUUGGUGUCCACGGUCUGGUCUCCUUGUUGGGGAUUUUGGAAAAUGCUCUGAUCAUCUGGGUUUUGGGAUUCCGCCUCUCAAGUCGCACAGUGACUUCUGUUUGGGUGCUCAAUCUGGCCCUUACAGACUUUCUGGCCACCCUGAUGCUUCCCCUCUUUACUGCCUACCUUCACUCUUCCCACAGUUGGGAGCUUGGCGAUGCUCUCUGCAAAGUCCAAGCCUCCAUUUUUUUUUUCAACAUGUUUGUAUCGGCCUUUCUGUUGGCAGCUAUUUCCCUGGACCGCUUACUUCUUGUGUUCAAGCCAAUAUGGAGCCUUAAGCAUCGGUCUGUGGCUGGAGCGUGGAAGGUGUCCGCACUGGGCUGGCUGUGGGGGGCAAUAAACACAGCACCUUACUUUGUGUUUCGUUCGGUGGUUGAAAAGAUGGAUGGAAGGAAGUUGUGUUAUUACAACUUUGCCCUGUAUUUGCCUUCCAAUGGAACUCUGCAAAGGGACUGUGAUGUGAGACACGGAACAACGGCUAUUUCCAAGAUGUUGUUGGCUUUCCUGAUCCCUCUGAUGGUCAUAACAGGAAGCCACAUUAAAAUCGCUCUCACUCUAAACGCAAGAAACAAGUGGAGAAAGCGAAGUGCUAUCGUCCAAUCUGACAAACGGAACACCUUGAGUACCAAUGAAGCAUCAAAACGGGAAUUUGGUAAUGCAAGUACUAAAAGAAACAGUAUAAUGCUUGGGCCAAUUUUUACAAAGUCAAGAAAGAAGAGUCUGUAUCCCUCGUCUUUCAGAGCUAAUGGUCAGAACAAGCUCUCCCCGAGUUUCAAAAAAAUGGUGGCAGCUGUGGUUUUAGUGUUUGCACUCUGCUGGGCUCCUUAUCAAAUCUUCUGCAUGAUUGAACUCACAGCUCAGGAUAAUGAAGAAACUCUCAAACUGGUGGAGACGUGGCUCCCUCUGGCUGCAACACUUGCUUUCCUAAACCCAGUACUAAAUCCCAUCCUGUAUGCCUUCAGCUGCCCAAACUUUUUUGUGAGGAUUCGACAAAAUUUGGGUGCAGUGUUUGACGAACUGGUGGCAGAGAAAGACGGGGAAUCUAAUGUCCCAAUCAACACCAUCAGAGCUCAAAUGAGGCAAGGGAGCAAUCGGGAUGUCACAGUCACAACACCAGGCUCUCCGAAGAGUUCCUCUUCACUUAGACAAUCAUCUCACUCUUAGUUCUACCCACGGUGUCCUUACGCUAUACCACAGCCAUUAGUAAGGUGUGUGUUUUGGCUCCUGACAGCCCGCACAAAAAUGCUUCAUGCAAGUGAUAUGUAAGUUUCUGUAUUAAGUCCGUGGGCUGAUCACACAAACUACACUCUGAUUGUCUAAUUUACUCGUUUCAAACAGUGUGGUUAGCUAGCACCUUUCCCUAUAACCCUUGUGCUACUGUAGGAAACUGUACUACGCCUUUGUAGGUUCCUAGAAGGUGUUCAGCAUCGAGGAAGAGAUGACCAGGAUUCAGACGGUUAAAGAUUUACAAAGUUUAUUAUUAUUAUUAACUACAAAGUAAUUAAGAGUACUCCAGAUAUCCGGUCUUAAUUUGAUAUGAUUUG